CAGCCAAUCGGAGGGAGGAACGACUUCCGGGCGGAACUGAAUUCCCCGAACUCCGGAGCGACGGGGGAAGCAGUCCAGCGACGGAAGGGGCCCGCGUUGCGCGUGUUUUUGGUGGGAUCUCAAUGGAGUAACUUACUAUUAAGUGCAAGAAACUGGACUUCGGUCUCAGUGCUGUCUUUCAGAGUGGAUUGAUCCGGAUUGCAGUGAGGGUGAACGGGAGAGAAAGUAUCUGGAGAUUUUAUGUGAACAAUUGUAAACUUUCUUAAUGGAAGAGGCUCCCAAACCAACAUUUCAGGAUGAAUUGGAAUGGUGCAUCACUCAACUGGAGACUGGCCUAUUGCGUCUUAACCCAACUCCAAAACAAGCCGAUGAAACACGCCACAUCCUUAAAGUAUUGCGCUCCCGUAAAGCUCCCCUUGUGAAAAAGCGGCAAAUGAUGCGCCAUGUCUUUGGAGAUUACCGUCUCAAAAUGGCUGAAGAAAACGAGAGAACAGCCAAAGCUGGUGUGAUGCCCAUGCAGGUAGAAAUGCAACAAGGAAACAGCCUUCCUUCGGGCAGCAUGAUGUAUAGGAAGCAGCAAUCCGGCAGUCCUUCUGAAGUGUCGACUUCCUUGCUUGCAUCCUCAGGUAACAGCUUUCAAUUUAACUUUGUCCUACCUGAAGGAACCACAGAAGAAACGGAUAGAACCACAGCAGAAGAGCAUGGAUUGGGUGACUCCAGGCAACAGUCUACCGGUAACGAUCUCUCUAGGAUGCUGGACUUCUCCACUGGAACACAGCAGCCUGGCUUUGCUUUCAACUUCACCAUCCCAGAUGCUUCCUCACCUUCAGGGGAUGCCAUAGAUCCUGGCUGUGGAGCUUCAGCAGAAACAGCUCCAGAGAGCUGUUUCAUCUCAUCCAAGAAAGCUGUGGUGACAACAGCCUCUCCACGCUCUGAUAGAACUGACGCGAAGGAUUGUGUAAGCAGACACAGAGAAGAACAUCCUCUGCAAGAGGCACCAAGAUUGGAAGCCACCCAAGUAGCUUCAACAGAGGCUGCAGAAGAGAAAUUGGUUGUGGCAGCUGGUGGACCAUCGAAGAGAAAAAAGAAAAAGAAACCCCCACCGUCAAAAGUAGCACAGGUUGACCAAGGAUGUGGAGACAACAAGCUUGGUGGUCAAGGAACAUCUGAACCAGCUGAGAUGUUACAGGCAGAUGAUCAGUUGAAGAGAGAGGUAGACUGGUGUGUGGAACAGCUGGAACUCGGCCUGAAGACUCAAAAAUCCACACCAAAACAAAUGGAGGAAGCUGUCCGUGCCAUCAAGACGUUACGCAGCAAAAAAGCAGUGUUGGCGAAGAAACGUCAAGUGAUGCGCCUGAUGUUCGGCGACUACCGAGCAAAAAUGGCAGAGGAAAGGCAGAAGCAGCUGAAGCUCUUGCAAGCAGCUUCGAAAGCCGCUCACAUCACAGAGGUGAACGAAGAGACUCGGAAGAAGAGAAGCCAGGUGUUCAGAAAGUCCGCAGAAGGAGCCAGAACCUUCAAGAACCUUCAGGAACCUUCUUGCUGUCAGCCCCCAGCUUGUCUCCGAUCAACAGACCCUUCCUCUUUUAAAUUCAGACCAGCGCAAGAGGAAUUCUGCUUCAACUUUUUCUAAGCAAGGCCCCAGGAUGCCGAUUUUGAAAAGGCUCCUUUGGGGGGGGGGGAAAGAAGUAACGAGUUGGGGGGGGACAUAGAAUGGCAAGCAUGGCCUAUGAAAAGGGGGGGGAGGAGAAAUUGCCCAAUUGGCAAAUUCUAAGUUGAUAAAGAAAGACUAAUAAAAUACGGGGU